UUUGUUGUUAUUUUCAAUGUUACAAAUGACCAGUCCCGUCGUCGUUUCUAUCCACAUGUGAAUCCUCUGCAAUUAAUGUUUCCUUCUUGUCCCCAGCAUUGAUUUGUAAGUUGCGGAUAGUUAAGUUUUCCAAAUCAGCCUCAAAAUUCACGACAGAAUGAGAAACUUUGUCUCGCCCAAGCUGGGCAACGCUGACGAUUCCGACGACGAUGAAUUGGAUUCGGGGACAGAACCCGAGAUUUUCGGCGCAUACCUAGUGGAACCAUUUCCUUACGAAGAAGAGGAAGACGGUUUGGAUGAUCCGUACGGUUGGAUUGUGGCCGGGGCGUCAUCGAGUGAUGGUGAAGAUUCCGAUUGUCCAGAGACCGCUGCUACAGAUGCUGAAGUUGAUGGCAAUAGAGCAAAUGAAAACGCCAGAACUUCCAGGCCAAUGGGUCCAUACCUAGUGGAACCGUUUCCUAAUGAGCAAGAGGAAGAUGGUGGGGAGAACAUGAAUGAUCCAGAUUAUGAUCCACACGGUUGGACAGUUGCCGGGGCGUUAUCGAGUGAUGGUGAUGACUCCGAUUCUUCAGAAUCCACUACAGGUGAUGAAACUGGUAAUAGAGCAAACGGAAACGCCAGAACUUCAGGGCGUAUGGGCGUAUAUCUAGUGGACCCGUUUCCUGAAGAAGAUGACGAUUCGGUAGGCGAUGGGGAGGACGCAACAACCAGGAAUUCUCCACCCAGACGAGCUAUCGACGAUUAUGAUGAGGAAAUGGAAGAGGACGAAGUGAUAAAGGCAAUCAUUACGGAGAUCAAGAAACCACGAUCCAAACCGCCGGAUAUUAAGACGGAUGAUUUUGUUACCGAUCUUUGCUUCCAUCCUGAGCAGGAUUUGCUGGCGGUGGGGAAUACUGCCGGUGAUUUGCUGGUUUACCAGUUGACAAACGAUGAAUGCACGCUGAGAGACACUCACGAAGUUCACACGAAGUCGAUUCGGGACGUAGAAUUCACUUUGGAUGGAGAUGCGCUGAUUUCUACCGCGAGGGAUCGUUCCAUUAUGGUUACGGAUCUGGAGACUGGGAAGCUGAAGCUGUUUUGGGAUAAUGCCCACGAAGAACCAGUUUACACGAUGAGUGUCAUCACCGAAAACACAUUCGCCACCGGAGACGACGACGGCGUGUUGAAAAUGUGGGAUCUGAGACAGAAGGAACCGGUGUUCCGAUUGAAGGAGGUGGAGGAUUUCAUCUCGUGCAUUCUUACCAAUGAUCAGAGGAAGUAUCUGCUGAUGACCAGCGGAGAUGGUUAUCUUACUUCGAUUAAUUUGCCACAACGAAAAAUGUAUGUCCAAUCCGAGCCAUACGAAGAGGAACUUUCCUGUAUGGGAACGUUUCGCAAAGACAGCAAAGUUGUAGCCGCUUCCUCAAAGGGGAACUUUUACACCUUCAAUUGGGCACAGUUCGGGUAUCAUUGUGAUGCUUUCACGGGUCCCCAAAUGGGCGUGAACAAAAUGGUUCCCAUUACGGAGCGGAUAGCGGUAACUGGCGGGGAAGAUGGGAUCCUUCGUGCAAUGCAUAUGGUGCCGGGUCGAGUGCUCGGUAUUGUCGGCCAACACUCGCUGGCAGUGGAGACCAUGGAUAUAAAUAGCACCGGAGAACUGAUCGCAUCAAGUUCGCACGACAACGAUAUCAGAUUUUGGAACAUCAAAUAUUUUGAGGAUUUCGACGAUAUUAAGUACAACAGCAAACCGGAGAAAAAAGCAAUCAAACAUAAUUUGCCAUCAUCCAAACAUACGAACGCCGUUGAUUUCUUUUCCGAUUUGGCCGGUCCAGCUGACGAGAAUUAAGCACUACGGGAUAGAUGUUUCUUGUUAUAUUCCAGAUGUAGAGAGAAAGUGUUUGAUAUAACUCGUAUUGCAUACUUUACGGCGAGUUUUUAUGUCUACAUAAAAUAUACUGUUUACCAUUUCAUAA